AUGACACAAACAAAAGAGAUCGGAAAAAACUGCGUCGUCACCGAUAGAGGCGGCAUCGUGGAGAACAUUCAUCAUGUUCAUGUCGCAGUUACCGACUCCCAGGGCAACGUCCUCUUUGCCAUUGGCAACCCCUCGAGAGUCACCCUCGCUCGAUCCGCAGCCAAACCAGCCCAGGCUAUCGCCGUCAUUGAGACCGGCGCCUUUGACAACGCGGGUUUCAGUGAGGCCGACCUCGCUCUCAUGUGUGCUUCUCAUAGCUGUGAAGACAGACACAUCGACCGAGCCAGGAAAAUGUUGGCCAAGGCUGGUGUACACGAAGAACAAUACCGCUGCGGUGGCCAUGCCUCCCUAUCCGACCCCGUCAACAAACGUUGGAUUAGGGCGGGAAUCGAGCCGUCAGGAGGCAUAUACAACAACUGCUCCGGCAAGCAUGCUGCUAUGAUGGCUGGUGCUCUUGCUCUAGGCUCCAGUGUCGAGGACUACCACCUUCCAGAUCACCCGAUGCAGACUUUGGUGAAGCAAGUAAUAGAGGAUCUUUGCCCUGAUCCUACCCAUAUCCAAUGGGGAAUUGAUGGCUGCAAUCUACCUGCUCCUGCAUUUCCUCUCUCCUAUUUGGGGCGCAUCUACGCCCUCUUCGCAGCGGCGGCGGAUCAGGAUGAACAGAAGGAGGAGUCUGGUUCACGAACCAAGAACCUCUCACGCGUGUUUCAUGCCAUGGCAAACCAUCCAGAAUGUGUAGGAGGAGACGGGAGGUUCUGUACAGAGCUCAUGGAGGUAUACCAGGGACAGUUGAUCGGCAAGCUAGGUGCCGAUGGUUGUUACGGAGUCGGCAUCCGCGAGUCUGAGCAGACCAGACGCCUAGGCGCACGCGACGCACUGGGCAUCGCAGUCAAGGUUGAUGACGGAAGUAUCGAGAUUCUCUACGCAGUGGUCAUGGAGGUGUUGGAGCAGCUCGAUAUUGGUACGCCAGAAAUAAGACAAUCCCUGGGAAAAUGGCAUCACCUGGAGAGGAAGAACACAAUGGGCAUUAAGACGGGAUCUGUGUAUCUAGAUAUUAAGCUAGAGGCGGUUUCAUAG